AUGUCUAGCUACGGGCGUGUGAUGUCGCGUCGCGGUCUCAGGAGUGGCUGCCGCUCUCGACACUUCACACUCUCAGAUCUAAUUGAAGCCAAAGGAAAUGUUGAGGAAAACGUGUAUAUAGAAAUGGACGCGUGUGGACAACUAACAGCUCGAGGAGGUCCGGCCCGUGCUGUACGCCUCGCUCGCCUUGCUCCGGCGCCUCCACACGCCUCUGCGCUACUCUGCCUUGAACAACCUCUCAUAUCAUCUUCCGCCUCUACCACCCUUCGAUUAAGCCUACGCUUGACCACUGACGCACCACCACUGCACGAGCUGCUCCUUUGGUUCGACGAACAAACGCUCGCACAUCUCGAUAUGCCGUUCCUCACUUUACGUAAUAUUACUGGUAAGAAAAACUACACCUGUCACAUUUGCAACGCGGAGUUUGAACAUCCAAAUCCGUUGAAGAUACACAUAUUCCUCUCGUGUCGAACAUUCCAACCAGAUCUGUUCUGGGAGCGUUGCAUAUCGCAGCUACAAUCAUCGACUUCUUCUGCCUCAGCUUUGAGCCCGUCACCCGUCUCCCUACCCUUGCGACUCGGUACCCUACCUCCCGUAACACCUGUCACAGACCCGGCACAGCUAGAAUCGUUGGCGGCGGCGUGGGGACGAUCACGUGAUGGUCAUGUUUGCCUCUAUUGCGGGAAGUUGUACUCGCGCAAAUAUGGGCUUAAAAUUCACAUUCGGACUCAUACAGGUUAUAAACCAUUACGGUGUAAGCAUUGUCUAAGAGCGUUUGGGGAUCCGAGUAAUCUAAAUAAGCAUGUGCGUUUGCAUGCGAGCACGAGUAACACCUCUGAACAUGCGUGUGCGUUGUGUCACAAGCCACUCGCGCGCAGAAGAGACUUGCUUCGACACUUACGCGCUCACCACCCUCAACAUCUUUCUUCAUUAUCUGUGUCCGAUGAAUACAUUGACAUAGUCUGA